AUGGCAUCUUCAGACACAUCUUCCAACAAAACCACCAAACAACAACAACAACAGCUCCCAUUGAAAUCAAUCCCAGGAAGCUAUGGCCUUCCAUUUUUUGGACCAAUCAGGGACAGACACGAUUUCUUCUACCACCAAGGCCAAGACAAGUUCUUCGCCACAAGAAUCCAAAAACACAAUUCCACAGUUAUAAGAACCAACAUGCCACCAGGAUCCUUCAUAUCCUCCGAUCCAAGAGUCAUAGCACUCUUGGACGGUGCUUCCUUCCCUAUCCUCUUUGACAACAACAAAGUCGAGAAACUCAACGUCCUUGACGGCACCUUCAUGCCCACAACUAAAUUCACCGGCGAUUACCGCGUUUGUGCAUACCUCGACACAACCGAACCUAACCAUGCUGUUCUCAAACGCUUCUUCCUCAACAUACUCCAAUCUCGAAAAGACUCUUUUGUCCCUCUCUUCCGCAACCUUAUUGCUGAGUCAUUCGCUGAGCUUGAGGACCAGUUAUCUGGUAAGAGCGGCGAGGCUGAUUUCAACGCCGCCAUCGGCAAAGCUUCCUUCAACUUCAUGUUUCGUCUUCUAUGUAACAACAAGGACCCAUUAGAGACGAAGCUUGGUUCCAAUGGUCCCAAAUUCUUCGACAUGUGGUUGCUCUUUCAGCUUGCACCACUUGCAACCCUAGGCCUCCCUAAAAUCUUCAACUACAUCGAGGAUUUCUUGAUUCGCACGGUUCCUUUCCCAGCGUGUCUCGUGAAACCAACUUACAAUAAGCUCUACGAGGUAUUUUUUGACACGGCGGGGACGGUGCUGGACGAGGCGGAGAAGGCGGGGAUAAAUAGAAUGGAAGCAUGCCACAACCUCGUUUUCAUGGCGGGUUUCAACGCAUACGGUGGGUUGAAGAACCAGUUCCCAGUUUUGAUGAAGUGGGUGGGUUUGGGUGGUGAGAAGCUACACAAGGAGCUCGCGAAUGAGAUAAGAAGCGUGGUUAAGGAACAAGGUGGGGUCACUCUCGGUGCGUUGGAGAGGAUGAGUUUGGUGAAAUCGGUUGUGUAUGAAGCUAUGAGGAUCGAGCCUGCGGUUCCGUACCAGUACGGAAGGGCGAGGGAGGACUUGGUCGUGGAGAGCCACGAUGCUGCAUUUGUGAUCCAGAAAGGUGAGAUGAUUUUUGGGUACCAACCGUUUGCGACCAAGGAUCCUAGGAUUUUCGAGGAUGCUGAGGAAUUCGUGGCGCGUAGGUUUGUGGGUAAUGAUGGUGAGAGGAUGCUGAAGCACGUGCUUUGGUCGAAUGGGCGUGAGACGGAGGAGCCGUCGACGGAUAAUAAACAGUGUCCAGGGAAGAAUCUGGUGGUGCUGCUUUGUAGGUUGUUGUUGGUUGAGUUCUUCUUGCGUUACGAUACGUUUGAUUUUGAGUACAAAACCGUUGUUUUGGGUCCCUAUGUUACCAUCAAGUCUCUCACUAAGACAUCCAUCUUCUGA